ACAUUUGGCCCGGCUCUAGCUUCUAAUUAGGACAUUGGGUGAAGGUCAUCUCCAGUCACUAAUCACAGCUCAGGGCUUGGAAAACUAAUCAGUUGCUUUAGAGGGGAAAAAAAACGUAGAGCCAUUUAGUGAAUGCCAGAGGUAGCUAUGAUCAGUGGUAGAUAACAUCAGGUGGAAAGCGAUCUGUUUUGUUGUCUCAACAUGGCCUGGAUUACAUUGGCAGCGAUCGUCUCUUUGUUCUCGCUCGUGGCGAGCUUGAACUCAACUGAAACUUACACAUGCCUAGACACAGAACAGUGCAAGACAGAAACGAAUCCGUCUUUCAGCAUCAUCAACGGCGUGGUCCUGUGCUGCAGGAGUGGCGACAGCAUCAGCAUCGGCUCCUUGAGUUUCAGCGACGGCAGCGCCAUCGGUAGACGCAGCCUGUCGUGCGUGUGUCGGGUAGUGGACAAGGCUCUGUCUGCCCAGCUGCUCCAAGUGGGGGCUAACGUCACCAGUUACGUGGGGGAGGUCAUGACCUCGGUCGGUGAUAUGCUCAAGAACUUGGAAACUCAAUUGGGUCAUUUGUUCAACUAAGUCAUGGCUCGUUGUGACAUGAAAUUUUGAGAUUGAAAUAAAAUUUUGUCUCAUUUUUCGUACAACUGCUAUGCUAUACAUAAAUUUAAAAAAAUAAAACAAACGCAUAUAAAGUUGUUAACUGACAUUGUUUAUUUAUGAUAAAAAUGUUUAUUUUGGUGUACAAAAGUAUUAAACUGUUCUUUUAAC